AUGCAAGCUAUCGAGUCAACCUUCUUGAAGAAGGGGCCUGAGUUGCCUCGAAAAAUCUCCCCAACGACUGCAUCUACUAUAUCAAAAACUACUUCACCAACAUCCACACCUGCUUCAAGUGACAUAACCAUUGGCGGAAUUGUGGGAGGAAUCUUGGUCCUAUUCCUACUCUUGGGCAUAGUGAUUUUCUUCGUGCAUAGGAGAAGGAGAGGAAAUAAACAAACACUGUCUCUUGGCAGUGUAGCUAGCCGUUCUACUUGCAGAAACAAACCUAUCAAGGCUGAAAAGUAUGAGAAGUACUAUCUUGAACAACAUACAGAUGAAAACUAUGGUUUUGCAUUGCAGUUUGAGGAUCUCAGAGUUGUUGGUAUCACCCAGCCCACCAUUGCAGCACUAUGCAUGGAAAAUAAACAGAAAAAUCGUUACAAUAAUGUCUUGCCAUAUGACAUAUGUCGUGUCAAGCUAGCAGGUGACAUAAAUGAGGACUACAUCAAUGCUAAUUAUUUGCCAGGUUAUAACUCAAAGACAGAAUUCAUUGGUACUCAGGGACCCCUGCCGAAUACUAUAAAAGAUUUCUGGAGAAUGAUCUGGGAAAAAGAUGUGCACACAGUAGUCAUGCUGACACGGUGCAAUGAACAGGGAAAGGUAAAAUGUGAAAAAUACUGGCCUUCAUUUAAAGCCCAGACUUAUGGACAUAUACAAGUACAUUUUGUUAAGAAGACUCCCGAGGAAAACUGGAUAAUUAGAGAUUUCAUGCUGGAAAAUGUGGCAAAUGGCAAAAGGCACAACAUAAGGCAUUUCCAUUUUAUUGCAUGGCCAGACCACGGAGUCCCAGAAAACACAGAUUUACUAAUUAGAUUUAGAAAUCUAGUGAGAGAACAUAUGAACCUGAACAACGGAAACUCCCCCACAGUAGUUCAUUGCAGUGCUGGAGUUGGGCGCACAGGGACAUUGAUAGCUCUGGACCACCUCAUCCAUCAGAUAAAGCUGGAUAACAUAGUGGAUAUUUACGGAAUAGUCUAUGAACUUCGAAUGCACAGGCCACUAAUGGUACAAACUGAGGAACAAUAUGUAUUUCUGAAUCAAUGUGCCUUGGACAUCAUCAGAUCAAAUAAAAAUUCAAAUAUUUCUUACACGAAUAUAGCACUGGAAAUCUGUGAAAACUUGAUACCAGGGAAUGCAAAAUAAAACAACCAUGGAUCUUGUGAACAAAACCUUAUUUCCAUUUGUUAAGACUACGAUACAUUCAUCUUUUUAAUGAAUAUGAGUUUAUUUGCUUAAAAUUUAAUCUAGUAUUAAAUUUUGCAAUCAAAUUUUUUGAAUGUGUGUGUGAGUUCUGCAAUGGACUGAGACCCGUUUCAGGAUUAAUUAAUAUCAUUAUCAGUAUAAGUGGACUUUAAUAAUAUAGUUAAAGUGAGAAAAAAGGGUAACUCAGAACUGUAAAGCAAAUUAUAUAUUUUUAUAGAUUGUUUUAAUAUGGGAAUGGAAAAAAAUCAAUUGUUGAAAGAAGACGUCAAUAUUUUAUUCAGCUUUGCAGUUUUAUAUUUUACCUGUAAUGUUUAAGUAUGCAUUGUUCAAAUACUGUAAAUGGUGUGCUGGUAGAAUAAUGUUAAAUAAAAUAUUGAGGUGCCAGUGUUCGGCAAGUCUGCCAGCAUUUGGUGUAUUAAGAUGUUUGCAAUGUAGCUGUACAUGAUAAAAUAUUAUAAAUGCGGCUUCUACCUGUAUAUUCUGCUGUGAAUCACCAGGACUUUAAUAUAUUUAAAUUUGC